GAAGAGGGCGGGACGAACCGGAAGAAGGUGAAAUGCUUUCGGUAGGCACUCCACGGCUGUGAAGAUGGCGGCGGCUGCGUGGCUUCAGGUGCUGCCUGUCAUUCUUCUUCUCCUGGGGGCUCAGACGUCCCCAUUGUCGCUUUUCAGUGUAGGACCGGCACCCGUCGCUGCUGCCGACCGAUCCAAGUGGCACAUUCCGAUACCGUCGGGGAAAAAUUAUUUUAGUUUUGGAAAGAUCCUCUUCAAAAAUACCACUAUCUUCCUGAAAUUUGAUGGAGAACCUUGUGAUGUAUCUUUGAAUAUAACCUGGUAUCUGAAAAGUGCUGACUGUUACAAUGAAAUCUACAACUUCAAGGCAGAAGAAGUGGAGACAUACUUGGAAAACCUUAAGGAAAAAAAAGGCUUGUCUGGGAAAUAUCAAACAUCAUCAAAAUUGUUCCAAAACUGCAGUGAACUCUUUAAAACACAGAGUUUUUCUGGGGAUUUCGUGCAUCGAUUGCCUCUUUUAGGAGAAAAACAGGAGGCCAAGGAGAAUGGAACAAAUCUUACCUUUACUGGAGACAAAACUGUAAUGCAUGAGCCCUUGAAAACUUGGCAAGAUGCACCAUACAUUUUUAUUGUACAUGUUGGCAUUUCACCCUCCAAAGAAUCAUCAAAAGAAAAUUCACUAAGUAAUCUUUUUACCAUGACUGUUGAAGUGAAAGGUCCCUAUGAAUACCUCACGCUUGAAGAAUACCCAUUGAUGAUUUUUUUCAUGGUGAUGUGUAUUGUAUAUGUCCUAUUUGGUGUUCUGUGGCUGGCAUGGUCUGCUUGCUAUUGGAGAGAUCUCCUGAGAAUUCAGUUUUGGAUUGGCGCUGUCAUCUUCCUGGGAAUGCUCGAGAAAGCUGUCUUCUAUGCAGAAUAUCAGAACAUCCGAUACAAAGGAGAAUCUGUGCAAGGUGCCCUGAUCCUUGCAGAGCUGCUUUCAGCAGUUAAACGCUCACUGGCUCGAACCCUGGUCAUCAUAGUCAGUCUGGGAUAUGGCAUAGUCAAGCCUCGCCUUGGAGUCACUCUUCACAAGGUUGUGGUAGCAGGAGCCCUUUAUCUUUUGUUCUCUGGCAUGGAAGGGGUCCUCAGAGUUACUGGGGCCCAGACUGAUCUUGCUUCCUUGGCCUUUAUCCCCUUGGCUUUCCUAGACACUGCCCUGUGCUGGUGGAUAUUUAUUAGCCUGACUCAAACAAUGAAGCUAUUAAAACUUCGGAGGAACAUUGUAAAACUCUCUUUGUACCGACAUUUCACCAACACACUUAUCUUGGCAGUGGCAGCAUCUAUUGUGUUUAUCAUCUGGACAACCAUGAAGUUCAGGAUAGUGACUUGUCAGUCGGAUUGGCGGGAGCUGUGGGUGGAUGAUGCCAUCUGGCGGUUGCUGUUCUCCAUGAUCCUCUUUGUCAUCAUGGUUCUCUGGCGACCAUCUGCAAACAACCAGAGGUUUGCCUUUUCACCAUUGUCUGAGGAAGAGGAGGAGGAUGAACAAAAGGAACCUAUGCUGAAAGAAAGCUUUGAAGGAAUGAAAAUGAGAAGUACCAAACAAGAACCAAAUGGAAAUAGUAAAUUAAACAAAGCACAGGAAGAUGAUUUAAAGUGGGUAGAAGAGAAUGUUCCUUCAUCUGUGACAGAUGUAGCACUUCCCGCCCUUCUGGAUUCAGAUGAGGAACGAAUGAUCACGCACUUUGAAAGGUCCAAAAUGGAGUAAAGAAUGGGAAGAUUUGCAGCUGAAGAUGGCUAGUAUCUGGGAAGAGAUCAGCUUCUGUGUCAGUCUUUACACUGCUCCAUGGGAUUAAAGGAGGCAAUGACAUCCUGAUCUGUUCCUUGAUCUUUGUGCAUUGGAGCUGGCGAGAGGUGUUGGAACAAGGAGAACAUUCUAUUGAAAACAAGGUCAUAGGAUGAGAAAAAUCUACAAGUUUUUUAUUUGCAGCAUUGAUGCCCCUUUCCCUCCCACACCCUGACAUGGAUGUUUAUGCAACUUGUGUAUGUUGUUCCUAAACCUUCUAUAAUGUUUAAAUUGUUUAAUCUGUCAAACUAAAAAAUUUAACAUAUUCUGAAGAACUGUGACAUCAACACCAUAAUAAGUAAUAUCCAGGAGCAACUGCCUGUAAUUUUUAUUUAUUUAGGGAGUUACAUAGGUGAUGGGGGAAAUUGUUAAUUAUCUUUGCAUUUCUUGGGAAGCCAAGGUUAAAUCUUGCAGAGGUAGUUUUGAGAAAAAGGAGUCCUUCUGCGUUAAGGAGCCAUGGUUCUAACAAUGAUUAAAAGAACAACCAAAAAAAAAAAAGAGACUGUUACAGUGUGAUUUAGAUCAUUUGAAAAAGCAAAA